UCAUACAGACCUGUGAACAACAACAGUUCAACACCUGAUUAGAGAGAGAGAGAUGGCUGAAGGUGAAGGUGGUGGAGAUUCUAUAACCCUUGAAAAUACACCAUCAUGGGCGGUGGCAACUGUUUGCUUCUGUUUGAUAGCAGUUUCCAUACUCAUUGAACAUGGCCUUCAUCUCUUAGCUAUGUACUUCAACAAGAGGAGGAGGAAAUAUCUCAUUCAAGCUCUUGACAAGAUUAAAACAGAGUUGAUGUUAUUGGGCUUCAUCUCUUUGUUGCUGACUGUGUGUCAAAAGCGGAUUGCAAGCAUCUGUAUCCCAAAGAGCUUUGGCGAAAGUUUUCUUCCUUGCCAAAGCCUGAAUAGUGAUAAUGAGGAGGAAGAAUCCAAAUGUCAAGAACAGGGAAAAAUUUCAUUGCUGUCAAGAACAGCAGUGGAACAGCUUCAAAUAUUAAUCUUUGCCCUGGCCUUUUCUCAUGUUUUGUCUUGCUUCCUCACAUUCAGCCUAGGAAUGGCCAAGGUGAGAAGAUGGGGAUUUUGGGAGGCAGAAACAAGAACGCUGGACUAUCAGUUUUCAAAUGAUCCAAGGAGGUUUCAGUUCAUCCAUCAAACAUCAUUCGGACGGCGACACCUGAAAUUUUGGAGUGAUCACCGGUUUCUUCGUUUGCCAGCUUGUUUUCUUCGACAGUUCUAUGGUUCUGUUUCAAGAGUAGACUAUUUAACUCUUCGACAUGGAUUCAUCAUGGCGCAUUUUGCAGAAGGAAGCGUUUUCGACUUCCAAAAGUAUAUUAGAAGAGCUCUGGAAAAAGAUUUCGGAGUAGUCAUGGGAAUAAGCCUCUGGAUAUGGAUUUUCUCUGUACUUUUCAUAUUCUUCAAUGCAUAUGAGUUUUACAGCUACUUCUGGCUUCCCCUUAUUCCAUUGCUGAUGCUACUGGUGGUUGGGACAAAGCUACAAAGUAUCAUUACCAAAAUGUGCUUAGAUAGCAAUGAUAAAUUUCAUGUUGUUAGAGGAACUCUGCUUGUUAGGCCAAGUGACCACUUCUUCUGGUUUGGCCAACCGAAAUUGCUUCUCCACCUUAUGCACUUCAUUUUAUUUCAGAACUCAUUUCAACUGGCGUUCUUUACAUGGACUUGGUACAAAUUCGGGUUUCGAUCUUGUUUCCACCGAAAAACUGAAGAUAUUGUAAUCAAGCUCGCUUUGGGUCUGUUGGUUCACUUCCUUUGUGGCUAUGUGACACUACCCCUAUAUGCCUUGGUCACACAGAUGGGUACAUCAAUGAGAAAUACUGUUUUCCCUGAGGCAGUAGUUACUAGUCUUAGAAGAUGGCGAGCCAAAGCGAAGAAAAACGUGGCUCGAAGGAACGCCUAUUCAAUGCAUUCCUCCCUAGAUGCUUCACUGACCACUUCACCAUCUUUUAGUACCCUUGGUGCUUCAUUAUCUAUUGACUUCGAUGACAGUUUUCCCGAAGAAUUUGCUCCUGUUGAACUGGGGAAUGAAGACAGUGAUGAAGGAAGACGACGACAAGAGCAGCAUCACAAGUUGGGGUCUUUUAAGGGUUUCGAUUUGAGUAGUAUGCAGUGAUGAUUUUUUUUUUUUUUGAUGAAAUUGAGAAAGAACAAUAGUUAAUGAGCUAAAGAAGCUGUGGAUUGUUUUGUUAAGGAGGAGUAGUUGGGGAACUUAGAUAGAG